GUGGCAGGCAUCUACAUACUCAAAGAAUUUGGUUGUGAUGGAAAAAGUCAAAAAUGUGUGGGCUUCAGAAUCUAGAAGACCUGUGUUGGAACACCAUCUCCUGUUAUCUGUGUGACUUUGGGCAGGUUACUUAUCCUCUCUGGACCUCUAUUUUAUUGUAAAAGUGGCCUCACAGGGGUAACCAUGGGGAGGAAUGAGCUAUCACGAGGAGAGGAGCUGGCCCAACGUGGGCACCUACAGGUGCUUGAAGUUUCUGUUCUUUCCUUUCUCUGAUAGUGGAGGCCCCCAAUGCAGGAGACACCCUGGGCAGAGGAGGGGGUCCAAGGAACAACAGAGCCGUUCGAGGGGACACUUAUUCCUCUGAGCCACGCAGGAACAAGGGCACCACCUGGUGUACCCCGGGCGGUUUCAGAAGAGCACUUUCCUCUUUUCCAGGAGUGUCUCCCUCUGUUGCCCUCACAGUCCCCUGGGCAGCAGGCCGUGUGCCGAGCCACGUGGAGAUGGGUCUGUGCGCGGGCUGCCACCCAGGACCAUGAGCCGCUAAGAUGGAGACGUCUGCCUCAGCCACUGCCUCGGAGAAGAAAGAAGCCAAAAGCGCGAUCCUGGAGGCCGCCGCUUUCCCGGACCCGGGCAGGAAGGCCUCUGCUCUGGCGGUGGCCACGGCGGCGGCGGCAGCAGCGGUCGCUGCCCAAGGAGUGCCGCAGCACCUUUUGCCACCGUUCCAUGCGCCCUUACCGAUUGACAUGAGACACCAGGAGGGAAGGUACCAUUACGAGCCUCACUCAGUCCAUGGCGUGCACGGGCCUCCUGCCCUGAGCGGCAGCCCUGUCAUCUCCGACAUCUCGUUGAUCCGGCUUUCCCCCCACCCCGCCGGCCCUGGCGAGUCCCCCUUCAACACCCCCCACCCGUACGUGAGCCCCCACAUGGAGCAUUACCUCCGAGCCGUGCACAGCAGCCCCACGCUCCCCGCCAUCUCUGCAGCCAGGGGCCUCAGCCCUGCUGACGUGGCCCACGAGCACCUUAAGGAGAGGGGACUGUUUGGCCUCCCUGCUCCAGGCACCAACCCCUCAGACUAUUACCACCAGAUGACCCUCAUGGCAGGCCACCCCGCGCCCUACGGGGACCUGCUGAUGCAGAGUGGGGGUGCCGCCGGUGCACCCCAUCUCCACGACUACCUCAAUCCAGUGGACGUGUCACGUUUCUCCAGCCCACGGGUGACACCCCGUCUCAGCCGCAAGCGGGCGCUGUCCAUCUCCCCGCUCUCGGAUGCCAGCCUUGACCUGCAGCGGAUGAUCCGGACCUCGCCCAACUCGCUGGUGGCCUACAUCAACAACUCGCGCAGCAGCUCGGCGGCCAGCGGCUCCUAUGGGCACCUGUCGGCGGGCGCCCUCAGCCCAGCCUUCACCUUCCCCCACCCCCUCAAUCCCGUGGCCUACCAGCAAAUCCUGAGCCAGCAGAGGGGCCUGGGCUCGGCCUUCGGACACACACCGCCCCUGAUCCAGCCCUCGCCCACCUUCCUGGCCCAGCAGCCUAUGGCCCUCGCCUCCAUCAAUGCCACGCCCACCCAGCUCAGCAGCAGCAGCAACUGUCUGAGUGACGCCAACCAGAACAAGCCGAGCAGCGAGUCAGCCGUGAGCAGCACCGUCAACCCCAUCGUCAUUCAUAAGCGCAGCAAAGUCAAGACCGAGGCCGAGGGCUUGCGGCCAGCCUCCCCGUUGACCCUGACGCAGGAGCAGCUGGCCGACCUCAAGGAAGACCUAGACAGGGACGACUGUAAGCAGGAGGCCGAGGUGGUCAUCUACGAGACCAACUGCCACUGGGAAGACUGCACGAAGGAGUAUGACACCCAGGAGCAGCUGGUGCACCACAUCAACAACGAACACAUCCACGGGGAGAAGAAGGAGUUCGUGUGCCGCUGGCAGGCCUGCACGCGGGAGCAGAAGCCCUUCAAGGCGCAGUACAUGCUGGUGGUUCACAUGCGCCGGCACACGGGCGAGAAGCCCCACAAGUGCACGUUCGAGGGCUGCUCGAAAGCCUACUCUCGCCUGGAGAACCUGAAGACACACCUGCGGUCCCACACCGGGGAAAAGCCGUACGUGUGUGAGCAUGAGGGUUGCAACAAGGCCUUCUCCAACGCCUCAGACCGCGCCAAGCACCAGAACCGCACCCACUCCAACGAGAAACCCUACAUCUGCAAGAUCCCGGGCUGCACCAAGCGAUACACGGACCCCAGCUCUCUCCGGAAGCAUGUGAAAACGGUACACGGCCCAGAUGCUCACGUCACCAAGAAGCAGCGCAACGACGUGCACCUCCGCGCCCCGCUGCUCAAGGAGAAUGGGGACAACGAGGCCAGUGCCGAGCCUGGCAUCCGGGGCUCCGAGGAGAGUGCCGAGGCCAGCAGCACCAGCCAGGCCGUGGAGGACUGCCUGCACGUCAAGGCCAUCAAGACGGAGAGCUCCGGGCUGUGUCAGUCCAGCCCGGGGGCCCAGUCGUCCUGCAGCAGCGAGCCCUCUCCCCUGGGCAGUGCCCCCAACAAUGACAGUGGCGUGGAGAUGCCGGGGACAGGGCCUGGGAGCCUGGGAGACCUGACAGCUCUGGAUGACAUGCCCCCGGGGGCCGAUGCCUCAGCCCUGGCCACUCUCUCCACGGGUGGCCUGCAGCUGCGCAAACACAUGACCGCCAUGCACCGGUUCGAGCAGCUCAAGAAGGAGAAGCUCAAGUCGCUCAAGGACUCCUGCUCAUGGGCCGGGCCGGCUCCACACACCCGGAACACCAAGCUGCCUCCCCUCCCAGGAAGUGGCUCCGUCUUGGAAAACUUCGGUGGCGGCGGGGGCGGCGGGCCAGCGGGGCUGCUGCCCAACCCGCGGCUGUCAGAGCUGUCCACGAGCGAGGUGACCAUGCUGAGCCACCUGCAGGAGCGCCGCGACAGCUCCACCAGCACGGUCAGCUCGGCCUACACGGUGAGCCGCCGCUCCUCCGGCAUCUCCCCGUACUUCUCCAGCCGCCGCUCCAGCGAGGCCUCGCCCCUGGGCGCCGGCCGCCCCCACCACGCCAGCUCGGCCGACUCCUACGACCCCAUCUCCACUGACGCGUCGCGGCGCUCGAGCGAGGCCAGCCAGUGCAGCGGCGGCGGCUCGGGGCUGCUCCAGCUCACGCCCGCGCAGCAGUACAGCUUGCGGGCCAAGUACGCAGCGGCCACCGGCGGGCCGCCCCCAACGCCGCUGCCCGGCCUCGAGCGCAUGAGCCUGCGGACCCGCCUGGCGCUGCUGGACGCGCCCGAGCGCGCACUCCCGGCCACCGGCCCGCGCCCGCUGGGGCCGCGGCGGGGCAGCGACGGGCCGGCCUACGGGCACGCGGGGCCCGCGCCCGCCUUCCCCCACGAGGCGCCGGGCGGCGGGGCGCGGCGGGCCAGCGACCCGGUGAGGCGGCCCGAGGUCCUGGCGCCCCCGCGGGUGCAGCGCUUCCACAGCGCGCACAGCGUGAACCCCGGCGCGCUGCCGCCCUGCGCCGAGCGCCGAGGCCUCCGCCUCCAGAGCCACGCGGGCGCCGACGGCAGCCUGGCCUGCGGCGCCUACUCGCCGCGGCCGCCCAGCAUCAGCGAGAACGUGGUGCUGGAGGCCAUGGCGGCCGGGGCCGACGGCGCGGGGACGGAGGCCAGCCUCGUGCUGCCGGAGGAUGACCUCGUGCUGCCCGAUGACGUGGUGCAGUACAUCAAAGCUCAUGCCGGCGGCGCCCUGGAGGAGAGCACCCCGCAGGCCUAUGCCCCAGAAAGCUCCUGCUUCUCUGAGAACCCCAAACUGCCCAGCCCCGGGCUGCACGGCCAGCGCAGGGUGGUGGCUGCCGAUUCCAACGUGGGCCCCUCUGCCCCGGUGCUAGGAAGCUGCCAGCUGGGUUAUGGCGCCCCCUCCAACCUGAACAAAAACAGCAUGCCGGUGCAGUGGAAUGAGGUGAGCUCCGGCACCAUGGACACCCUGGCCAGCCAGGCGAAGCCUCCACCCUUUCCACAGGGCAACCUGGCUGUGGUGCAGCAGAAGCUGGCCUUCAGCCAGUACCCAGGCUACAGUCCACAAGGCCUGCAGCCGAGCCCUGGGGGCCUGGACAGCACGCAGCCACACCUUCAGCCCUGCAGCGGAGCCCCCUCUGUGCCCAGGGUAAAUUAUAUGCAGCAGCUGAGGCAGCCAGGGACAGGUGGCCAGUGUCCCAGCAUGACCACCACUGUGAGCCCGCACACCAGCUAUGGCCACGUCCACCCCCAGCUGAGCCCUGGUACCAUGGGUGGGGCCCUGAACCAGUUCUCCCCAUCCUGCAGCAACAUGGCGGCCAAGCCAGGCCACCUGGGGCUCCCCCAGCAAAUGGAAGUUGCUCUCGACCCCACCAUGAUGGGCAACAGCCGCAGGGAACUUGGGGUCCCCAAUUCCACUCUGGCUGGGAUGCCACCACCUCACCCAGCCCAGAGCUACCCACAGCAGAGUCAUCACCUGGCAACCGCCGUAAGCCAAGAGGGCUACAGCCAGGGUCCCAGCCUUCUGCAUUCCCACCAGCCUGGCUUCAUGGAGCCCCAGCAGGGCACAGUGGGGCUGGCUGGAUCAAGCUUCGGCCUAGUGCAACCCCGGCCACCCCCUGAGCCCAGCCCUGCUGGCCGCCACCGUGGGGUACGUGCUGGGCAGCAGCUCGCCUAUACCAGGGCCACUGGCCAUGCCAUGGCUGCUGUAUCAGCCAACCAGGAGAUGGCAGAGUCUGUGCCCAAAGGAGUUAUGGGCACCAUGGUGUCCCUGCCUCCUCAGCCGCCCCCACAGGACACAGGCAGGGCCCAGGACCACAGCAUGCUCUACUACUAUGGCCAGAUCCACAUGUAUGAACAGGAUGGAGGCCUGGAGAACCACAUAGGCUGCCAAGUCACAAGGCCUCAGCCACCUCAGCCACAGGCCUGCCCGGAGAGCAUCCAGCCCCAGUCCUUGCCCUCGCCGGGGGUCAACCAGGUGUCCAGCACCGUGGACUCCCAGCUACUAGAGGCCCCCCAGAUUGAUUUUGAUGCCAUCAUGGAUGAUGGCGAUCACUCGAGCUUGCUCUCGGGCACCCUGAGCCCCAGCCUCCUCCACAGCCUCUCCCAGAACUCUUCCCGCCUCACCACCCCCCGGAACUCCUUGACUCUGCCCUCCAUCCCCACGGGCAUCAGCAACAUGGCAGUCGGGGACAUGAGCUCCAUGCUCACCAGCCUGGCCGAGGAGAGCAAGUUCUUGAACAUGAUGACCUAAGACCCCAGCCCCUGACGCUGAGCGGACCUGGAGGAACCAUCACUCCCCAGAGCGUGGGGUUUUCAUUCAUUUCGUCUUUUUCCAAAAAAGUAUUAAAUAGGUAUGAGGGAGUUUUGCUGGUUCAGACCACAAACGCUUUAAGGGCAGGUUUAUGUGCAUCCUGUCUGGGCUUCUUGUGGGUUAUUUUUCGGAACACUGAAAAAAAUCUCAACAGGAAAGGCGAGGCAGGAAUGAAAACCUCGUUUACACAGUGCUUCCCAGCCUUGGUGUUUAUAGGACCGCUCUGUCCUGGCUUCUUCACCCCUGUCAUUUGGCUAAUGAGGGAUUACCUUGGCCAAGGGCUUUCCAAGUACACGAGGAAAGAGGGUCGAGGAACCACGUUACGGUUUGAAUCUGAAAGCCGUACUGGAUAUUCUCAUCCAGGAAGAUGAGCUUCUCAUUCUGGUACCUGCAAGGAAGAGAAACCCCUGGCCCACCAGAACUCUUCUCUGCAGCUUAAUUCUUGAGGCCUCGAACGUCCCUUGCCACAGAGGAAAAAAAGAUUUUACCUGGAUGGUUCAGAAGCACAUCCUAAUUCCAGGUUUGGUAGAGCUGGCAUCUCUACCCUGCAAAGUCGAGUUUGCAGCUGGCAGACUGUCCAAGUGUGUAGGAGUGAAUAAAGUAUGGAGGUAUUGCCAGAAAAAGGAAAGAAGAAACUGUUCUACUCGGAGCAAGCCCAGAAGCUGCCCUGGCCGCUCCAGACCGCGUUUACUGUGUUCAUGCAUGUAGAGUGUAGCCCUUCCCGAAAAGAACACUCACUUCUAAACACCUUGGGGCUGCCGGAGCUGCUGUGGGUUAGGGAUGGACCGAGAUGAGCCAAAGUGUGGGAUGAGACCUCAGGAGACAGAGAGUGCACCCGGGGCCCGGCCCCAGGCCACCCUGAGGUCCCCCGGUAGGAAGAGGAAGUCGCGUGUUUACCCAGUCCUGUUUCGCCCAUGCACUAUCCACCCACUUGACCAUGGAAAACCCCAGGGCUUGACGGCAGCCUGUGCCCAGGCUCCUCCAGGCCUUGCUGUCCACUCACCAGCAGCCCAGUGGUCUACAUCAGGCCACAACGUGCAGUCCCGGGAUCUUCUGCACUCCGGCCCUCUGCCCUCCUGUUCAUUUCGCAGAGAACUGUGACAUGCAUGGUGUUUGGG